GACACAGCAGUAGACCUGCUCCUCAUCCUCACAUGGACUCCCAACAAGUUUCUCACUGAAAAUGGAAGCAAAUAUAGUUGUCAUGGGGACAGAGAGCGUCGGGAAAUCAGCAAUGACUGUGCGUCUUCUGACUCGGAGAUUCAUUGGUGAAUAUGGAGACAUCGAAUCCAUCUACAGUCAGAGUUCUAUAGUUGAUGGGAGGGAGGUUACUCUGAAUAUUUGGGACUCACCUUACUCUGAGGAUUUGUCUGUGGAAACCUCGCCUCUCCAUAAAAAGGUCCAGUGGGCAGAUGGCUUCGUCCUGGUGUACAGCAUCUGUGACAGAGCCAGCUUCAACGCCAUCAGCAGGCUGGUUCAAAGGAUCAAGUCCACCAAAGAUUGUCUAUCUGGGAAUAAGGUCCCUAUAGCAAUAGUGGGCAACAAAAGGGACCUGCACCACAGACGGACAGUGCUGAGCGAGGAGGGCAGUAUGCUGGCCAUUAACGCAAACUGCCUCUUCUAUGAAGCAUCGGCUGCAGAGAACUACCACAGCGUUUGUUCUGUCUUUAAUGGCCUUGUGGACAGGAUGAAGGAUGCCAAGCUCACUACAAAGAAGCCUCUGAGGUUUAAGGGCAUUGUGAAAAGCAUGUCUGCGGUUUUUGCAAGGAGAAGGACAGAUUCCCUUUGAGGGCAUUACGAAGCUGAAACAAGAGACUUGAUAUUGUUAUACGUUUGACCAGAUGGACACAAUAUAAUGAUCAGACUGUGAAUUAGAAAAAGCAUUUAAACUUCAGAAAAUAUGAACUAAGACACAUGUUGCAGAUGAUCACUGGACCUUAACAUAAAGAAGAAAAUGACAUUUUUUAAGUCGUUGGGGAAAAAACCCACUGUAAUUAGUUUUUUUUAAAGAAAAAUGUUACCCCAGAUUUGAAUGUCAAUAAACCUCAAUGUGGAUCCAAAUGUA